AUGUGGGGAGCAUGGCGGUGUGCCUUGCGAUGCCCUGGAAAUGGGCUGGGGCGUCAGGGUGAGGGCCGCCGUCACGUCUCUGAGCUCAUCGCCUCCAACGCGGGCGACAACGGGUCGGUGGUCAUGCAGCGUGUGCUGGACGGCGGGUCGCCCGCCUUCGGCUACAACGCGGCAACUGGCGCGUACGAGGACCUGCUGGCCGCGGGCAUCAUCGAUCCCGCCAAGGUCAUCCGCUGCGCGCUGGAGAAUGCCGCGUCCGUGGCCAAGACCUUCCUCACCUCCUCCGUCAUCGUCACCGAGAUCCCGCAGGAGGAGGGCGCGGCAGCUGCCCCGGCCGACGGCGGCUACGGCGGCUACUGA